AUGGCCGCCACAGCAAACAAAAGCACCGCUCUUCAGACCGCCCUCUCAUCCGCCCUCAUCACCCGCUACUCCCUCCCCGCCUCCGCCACCUGGCUCACCCACUUCCUCUCCUCCACGCGCCAACCCCACCCGCCGCUCCCCGCCCUCACCUCCACCGCCCACUUCCGGAUCCUCGCCUCCGACCUCACCACGUCCCUCAGCUCCGACCACGCCGCCACGCUCCUGCCGCGCGACAUCAGCAACGUCGCCACCAAGGAACUACGCCUCCCGGGACCCGUGGCGGUGCAGAUCCUCGACAUCCAGGACGUGGGCAGCAGCAAGUGGUCGCAGGUGGAGGCGAUCGAGCGCGUCGAGCGUGGCGAGGAAGUCAGGGGCCGGGAGGUUAUACGCACCGUCGCGGCGCUGGAGGAGAGUGAUGAAGGAGACGCUGGUGGUGGUGGUGGUCGAGGGAGGGGGAGAGGCAGUGGCGCGAACGCGAACGCGAACCAGGCCACGUCUGCAUCGAAGCGCAGUCAAGGUCCGCACAAGGUUGUGCUGCAGGACGCGGCGGGGACGAAUGUGCUGGGCUUCGAGCUGGAGAACGUGCCGAGGUUGUGGAUCGGCGAGGAUGGUUUGAGUAUCGGGUGCAAAAUCGUGCUGCAGGCCGGAACGGUGGUGAGGAGGGGUAUGGUGAUGCUGACGGCGAGGGAUGUAAGGGUGUUAGGUGGCAAGAUAGAGCCCUGGGACAAGAAGUGGAAGGAGGAUCGAAAGAAGAGGCUGAUUGAAGAGGCUACAGGCAAUGGCAACGGAGAGGCGUGA